GACCAACUACAGCAUUUCCAGAUGCUUCUUUCCGUUUCUGAAGGUUCUGUACAUAUGGAGGCGAGAACUAAGCGGGGAACAACUGUUCUUAGAAGCAACAAUAAUACAUACGCAGAUGGGUUAUUCCACAUUGUAGAGGUGAACGUACAGACAAGAGAAAUACAGGCAACACUAGAUGGUGUGUCAGACACGUUUUCUCCAGAGACGUCCACGCAAGAAAUCCCUCCCAGAAUAGACGACGGCAUUUACGUUGCUGGCUUAGGUUCGAAGAGUCAAAUCAUUUCUGGUAAAACAAAGCUCAGGUACAAACCUAAUUUUAUUACAGAAAAAAGGGGUGAAAAGAAAGCCACAUUGAAUGCAUUAAAUGGAAAAAAUUCACAUUUUUACCUUAUUACCCGCU